AUGCCCGGCAGCUUUGAAAGGAAAUGCCCCUCGCCAACCGCUGCGGCCGGCCCAGCUCCGCCAGCUGGCCCCGGCUCCUCCCAGGGCACCAAGGAAGCCCCCCGCGCCACCCUGGCUGGGCACAAAGGCCUCGCAGCCCUGCGCCCACCAGACCCCAAGGAGUCGCGAGACACAGCUCCCGCUCUGCCCGGCACGGCCACGCCGGCGCCACAAAAUAGGAGCUGCUGGGUGGCCCUAGAGCCAUCGCCAGCCUGCGGCCAGCGGCCACGGGGCGCGCCAGGAGCCUUCCCAAGGAGGACGCCCAAGGCCAGGGCGAGCGAGCCCAAAGCCUUUGCCGCAAAGAGCGGGCGCCAAAAAGGGUGUCCCUGGGCGGUCUUCCGUCCCGGCAGGAGCCGGGGCCGCCCCUACAGUCUCCCCUGGCGGUCUUCCGUCCCGGCAGGAGCCGGGGCCGCCCCUAGUCUCCCCUGCGGUCUCCCAUCCCGGUUGGAACCGGGGCCGCUCCUGCUUAGCUUCCCCAGGGGGCCUGUUAAGGGGAGGGUAGCUGCACCGUGGCCCCCGCCAGCUCCGCCCCCCAGCACCGCCUUUAGCUCCGCCUCCUUUCCCGCUCCACCAGCUCCACAAAGGCUCCUGACAACAGGCCGGGCCGCACACUCGCCCUCGCCAAACCCAGCCCGAGCAAAGCCCUCGCACACUCGCCACACCCACCGGGGACCCUGCCACAGCACCUUCGCGGCCUCUCGGCUCCCAGCGCACCACCACGCCUGCCACCCCCCGACCACUGCCCCGGGCACCUUCGGGGCCACCCGCGCCCCAGGCUCACCCUUCACCUUCCCUCGGCACAUCGCGCGGGAAAAGGAAGGCAUUUUUUCCCACGGCCCGCCCCUGGGCACCUCGUGCUGCUGCGUGGCUUCCUCAGCGUCCGUCCGACCGACAAGGGGGCGCCUGCUUUCAUCGCCGGAAAUCCCGCGGGCACCCUCUCCAAUCCGAAGACGCUCACUCGAUUCUUCGGACCGGCCUCCCGUCAAGGGACACGAGCCCCUCUGCUAACCGCGCCUCACCUCUCGGCAUGGCUACAAGCUUUUCCCACCGGGAAAGCUGUGAUUUACGGAUGAAAGACUUCACAACAAAGGGUUGUAAAGCAGAUAAGUUCUUUCGCGAUUGCGACCGCUAACGGUUUUGGCGACCCAGAUGGGACGUUGCAAGUGAGACUGGAUGGGAUUGAGCGCUGAUCGAACUCCAGCCGGCACCGGGGAAUUCUUGGGGAGAACCAUCGUUCUCGACCCAUAAAGCUCCUCGCAACGUCCCCUGGAAAGGUAAGGCACUUCUUUCGGAAUCAGUGGAAAGCCUGCCUGUCAGAUGGAGCAAAAGUUCUGCAUGGUUGGGGCUAGGGAAUUCCCGGGCAGUUUGGUGGUGGGUUUUUUUUUGUUUGUUUUUGUGUGUUUUUUUGUUUACUUGUUUGUUUGUGGUUUUUUUUUGUGUGUGUGUAUUUUUUUGGGUUUUGGUUUUUUUUUUUUACUUGAUAUAUUAAAAAAGCUGGCGAAUGAAACAGGGAUAGAAACUGGAAACCAUUCAGGGAGUCAAAGGUAGAAACUGUCACCAUGCAAUCGGAACAUUACAAUUGCAGAUGAUAUAUUCGGAACAAGUGAGUCAGAAGUAGCACACUCCCUGGGAGAGGGGAGUGAGUCCCUUUCCCCUUUAAUAGGCUAAAGCAAGAAUUUCUCACUGUAUUUCAGGUGAAGACCCAGCCAGCAGAAGGCAGCUUUUCUAUCAGACAAAGCAAGGCAAAGGAUCCAGUACAGCAACUUCUUUGCAGCCUCUUGCUCCUGAGCACCCUACUUCAACUCUUUUUUUUUUUCUUCUUCUGGUGACGGGAAGGCAAAGCACGUCCUGUCCCUGUGAGCCCAUGCUGUACUCUGCUUGUCCCUAGAGUACCAGCAGGCACCUGUGAUUCCUCUCCAAAGACAUUUAAACACAGAAAUCAGUUGAGUCGUGUACUGUGGAAGCAUAAACUGCAGGGGACAUUAUUCAGAAUCAGUUAUUUUUUGUCCGUCAUGACAAAAUAAAACCAGAAAAUCCUUACUUCAUA